UCUGUUUUGGUUCUUUUAAAAUGGUAUGUAACCUUUUAAAAUGCAUUUAUUUAGGUUAUAAUAGGUUCAGGUGUUUAAUAAUGUCGUCUAAAUGUAAAUAUUUCUGGAAAAAUCAGUCUGGAGUUGCCGUCAAGUACCUAAAAUGUGGAAGAACGAAUUUAAACGAAAAACUGCCGUUGGUUUAUUUCAUUAUACCUGGGAAUCCAGGGUGUGUGAGGUUUUAUGAGGAUUUUGCUGAUUCGUUGCACCAGAAAACCAAUAUUCCCGUUUGGGGUAUCAGCCAUACUGGCCACUCUAAAUUGCCGAGUGUCGGCCCGCCAGAAAAUCUAGAAAAACAGAAAUUUCAGCAACCUGACCGUGAGGAAGCAGCUUUACAGAAACAAAUUGAAAUAAAAGUUGAUUUUCUUCAGAAAGAAGUUUUUCCUGUUGCUGAAAAAGUUGUCCUGGUGGGCCAUUCUAUUGGCUGUUACAUUAUUAUCCAAAUAAUGGAAAAAAUCCAAGAAAAAUAUCCGGAAAAAGUUAAAAAGGGGGUUCUACUAUUUCCAACAAUUGAGAAAAUGCAGUGGACACCCCAAGGCAAGAAGUUGACACCUAUACUCACCAAUGCAAGAUGGUUGUUCAUGUUUGCCGGCAUGGUGGCGUCAUACACACCACCGUGGGUGUUUAGACGGAUAUACCCUGGUUUGUCGAAAGAAGAAUUUGUUUACGAAACGAUUGAGGAAAACUUUCCGUCGAUGGAGGUUUUGGAUUGCAUCACUUAUAUGGGGUUGCAGGAGAUGUAUAUGGUUGAUAGAAGAGACGACAAUUUGGUCGAAAAAUUCCUUGAUCGUUUGAUUUUCUACUACGGAUCACAUGACGAAUGGUGUCCGAUCGAGUUCUACGAAAACCUCGAUGCCAAAUAUGGUCAUGUGACUGGCUCGCAUAUCGAGGUAGCGGAACAGGGAAUUCCCCAUGCGUUCGUGCUCACCCAUAGCCAUCGAGUGGCCGAAAAAGUGGCGGAGUGGUCGGAAGAGUUUGAGGGAAAAAGUUUGGAAAAUAAAAGUCAGGAUUUCGAAAUAAUUUGAAGAAAGAUUAAAAAUAAAUGAGCUGAAAAGUUUUAUUUUAAAAACAAAGUUUAUUUUUUCCUGUUGUUCUAAAAGUGAAUCCAGUCUUUAAAUUCUAUUUUAAUUGCCCAACACUGUUUAAACUGAAGCUUUUCAUAGUUUAAAAAUGUUUUGAGAAUAAAUAAGCAUUAAUUUUGCUUAAUAAAUUAAAAUGUUUCAUAGGGUAAUAACGAAAUUACGUAGUGAACAAAAAAAGAUUCUUUUCUGUUGCAGUAAAAGUGAUCCAUCCAGGGUAAAAUAGUUCCAGUGUUUCCUUUAAUGUUUAAAAUAUAUAUUUAAUUGUGCAACACUGUUUAAACUAAAGAUUUUAUUUUGUUAUUUGAUGCAAUCUUUUAUAAUUUAUUCAGAUUAUCAAAAUAUAUUGUGUUUUGUUUUUAAGUAUCCAUUUUUAUUCAUGUAUGUUUGUAAUUAGGUAAAUUGUUUUUUUAAUUAUUAAAGAUUUUGGGUUUUUCGAUCCUAUUUAAAAAAAAAAUAAAUGUUGCAAAGCCGAAAUUUAGUAAUGUCUUUACUGAUUUAAAGUUCUAUGCAAAUUAUUGAAUGUUUUUUUUGCGAAUUAUAUUAAACAUUUUAACAAUUGG